GAAGCGUAAUCACCAGCUGAGAAACUGCAGGAAAUAAGCCAAGGUUGAAUGAACGAAAUGGAAAAUAAAGAGUAGCGCAAGAGGACACACACAUUUUAAAACUAUUACGGAGGUAUGCGUUCACGUGCUCAUGGGAGCCUGGGAAUAUAUAAGAGCUCAUGACUGCGAAGGAAUGAAUUCAAGGACCGGUCUAUGGGGAGCGUGUUUUGUUUUUUUUUUUUUUCCCUGUGACUUCAAACUUCUCUCCGAGCUCACAGAGUUUUAGUCAGCUGGCAUGCAACAGAGGUACGACUUCCCCAAGGAAACUCUUCCCCGGCUCGCGCUGGGACGGCUGCUGGGAGCGUCCGGGAGGCAGAAAACUGCAGGCAGAGGCGAAUCCUCCUCCUCAGACCCCACAUCAGAACCAUGAGACUAUACAUUGUCUUCCUCCUGUCAGUGGUGAAUGGAGGGAUGUCCAAUCAUCAGCCUGCUGAGGGGAUGCCCUGUGAAAUGGCAAACUUGCAGGCAUUUUGCCACAACAAAGACCUUCACCAAAUCCCUCAUGAGCUCCAUCCAAAUGUAAACAAGAUAGAUCUAUCUGGAAAUCUGAUACAAAGCAUCCCUGAAAUGCCUUUGCCCCUCUACACUUCCCUCCAGUGCCUCGAUUUAAGCUCCAACCAGAUAAGCUUCAUCACGCCUGGAGUCUUUGCACACAUGACAAGUUUGCUGGAAAUAAAUUUAGCUAAUAACAACUUGUAUGAGCUUGCUCAGAUUGGGACAGAAGGGAUUGGACUUUUACCCAAGGUGGAGAUACUGGACUUGUCUCACAACAGUCUCUACAAUGGGAUGGCUGAAUAUUUCAUUAAACAGGCUCCAGCACUGCGCUAUCUUUCACUGGCAGGUAACAGUAUUAUAAUGAUAUCACACAAGAUGUUUCAGGGAUCUCCCAGUCUUGUGGAAAUAGAUCUUCAGAGUAAUAUCAUCAUGGAAAUUGAAGAAGGUGCUUUUGAGACUCUACUGAAUCUUUCCAGACUGAAUCUCUCCAUGAAUUCAAUUACUUGCAUCUCUGAUUUUAACCUCAGGCAGUUGGAGAUACUUGACCUCAGCAGGAACAGCAUUGAAUCCUUCCAUACCACAGCAUCAGAUGACGAGUACAGCUUAAGAUGCCUGGAUCUGAGUGAAAACAAACUGCUUCGCUUCCCAGUCUUCCCUCAGGUGAACAAGCUGGUAACUCUGAAUUUAUCAAAGAAUUUAAUUCAGCUCACAGCUGAAUCCUCUCAUAAUAAAAUGGACUACAUGGAGAAUGAAUGGUUAGAUGCUCCUUUUCAUCUUCUUGAUCAGAAGCAAAGCAGAAACAAAAGUUCUCUUAAUUUAUCCCAACUUGUAUACCUAGACUUAAGCUACAAUGAAAUCAAAUCCAUUCCGGAUGAGUUCUUCGAAUCCAUGAUGUCUCUUCACACCCUUAACCUCAGUAAAAACUGUCUACAGACUUUUGAAGUAACUUCUGACAGUACAUUGGUCUCCUUAACUGUCCUCGAUUUGAGCUACAACGCUUUGCAGAGCCUCCUCCUACAUGCUGACACACUGUGGAAUUUGAAGGAGCUCUAUAUUCAAAACAACCAUCUUCAAACCCUCCAAUUUGACAUUUUCUCAAGACUUCCAAGCCUCAGAUGGCUCAAUCUACAGAGCAACAACAUCACUCUUUGCAGCAUGUACUCAGGAUUAGCAAAGCAAAGACUCGCCGGAGAGGAAAAUGGUUGCAUAUCAUUUGUUGAUGCUCCUGCUCUUCAGCACUUGUUUCUAGCUGACAACAUGCUGAGCAUCCUACCAUCACACACUUUCUUCAAGACUUCCCUGAUUUUCUUGGAUCUUUCCAUGAACCCGGGGUUGACAAUUGAAGUUAAUGCGCUAUCCGGACUGGAACAGUCACUUGAAUACUUGCAUUUACAUGGCAAUAGCCUGAUAGAAUUAAAUAUCGACUUGCCUUGUUUUAGUCACCUUAGACACUUAAACCUCUCUGAAAAUCAGCUGAGUUGGCUGCCCAAGUGGGGCAGUGGCUCUCCACUGGAAGUUCUGGACCUACGGAACAAUAGGUUUAGUACAUUACAGAACAGCAAUAUUUUAGCAUUAGAAAAUUCUCUUAAAAACUUGUAUCUCACUGGUAACCCACUCAACUGCUGUGGGAACAUUUGGCUGUCAUUGAUGAUCCAGAACAAAAAUGUCCAGAUCUCGAACAUAGAGCAUCUAACGUGCCAAUACACCCAGAACUUUGGAUACCAGGAGGAAAUGCACAUUGGGAACAUCAAACCAGAAGACUGUGAAAAAGAGGAUCUAAAGAAAAUCAACUUCCUUAUUAUAUUAACAGUUGUGUUGGUUUUAUCCGUGAUCAUCAUCGCUGUGGGUUCGUUCUUUUGCUUUCGCAGGCAGACCUUCAGUCAACAGUUUAAAGCAUAGCACAGAGAUUGCCUUGAAAACCGAAGAAAUCAGGUGCUACACUGCCGCCGUGUAGAAAUGAAGAGUAAAAUUCUUCUCCUUGACUUUUAACUGUGGAUUUUAAGGCAGUUUCACAGCUCCCCUGAACUACCCCACUAUAGGGUUGCAGGGAAUUAAGGGAGAGUUUACCACAUUCUGCAUUUGCUUUGUUCACAAGCAGACCUGCCUAAAUGUUCACAGAGCUGUAGUAGACUCUGUAAAGCCCUGUGGUUGUGAGGGAGAUGUGAUUUAAACCAGACCAAAAGAGAAAGCCCUCUAAAUCAGGAGACAUUUCGCUAAACUCAGAGAUGCUUUGUUGAUGUCACCUCCAUAGAGAGGCUUCAUAUAUACAUAUAUAUACAUACAACACUAUAGAUAUCCAUAGUGUUAUAGCAAUCACUUUUUUUUAUGCCAGUUGUUGAUGACAUCAGCUGAAUAGGAAAGCCCUUCUCAAACUAGUUUAACUCUAUGAGAUGUUACUCCUUACACUGAGAUUUGUGUGUGUGUAUGUGGUUUUUUUCUCCAAAAAACCUCAGAAAUGAGAUCUCCUAAACAUUAAAAUGAAAUCACAAAAUCACCAGGACAGCCCAAAGCAGGAUCUUUCACUGUAACAGAAAUCUCAGGUGUGAACCCAGACUUGCUCAGAAGGUCGCAGGUCCACAGUUCAACUCAAAGAGGAGAAAUUUGCCUCUCUUGUGCAAUACAUAUUUAACUGGGUUUAAUGUGAAGAAAUUCAUCUCUGGGGUGGACACUUUCUAAAAGAAAAGUCUUAGAGAAUGAAUUUCAAUCGGCUAUCUUUGGACUGAAAUGUUUGUAUUUCUAAGGAAAACUGUUGGGAACUCACUGCAUACAGUUGCAUUUCAAUGCAAAAAGAUGAUGAUUAUAUAUCUAUUUUUAAAGGUCACAGGAGGCUAGACAUGUUUUAAACACAAAAGUGUGAAACAAGGUGCAGGGAACUGAGUCCUGGGCCAUUAUUCAGAUCAAAGGUCCACUAUCUUUCCCUACUGAGGACUGGUUGCUAGCAGAAGUCUGUAGAUCUUCAAUCUGUGAUGGGUUUAAUAUGAUCAACCUGUUGUGUUGCUAAAAGCAGACACUGACAUAUGUUAUGUCCUGUACUCUGAUGGCAGAUUCACCCUUUUGGAUUGGAAAAAAAAACACUUUCCAACAGCAGGAGCCUGACCUAUCUACGGGACCCAGUGACUUUGAAAGGAGCCACAAUGGGUUCUCUGUUAAUGCCAGGAAAUGUGCAUUUCAGCACAUAAGAGAAGUAAAAGUCAAACCAAAACCUGUUCAGGUAAAUAACUCAGAGUCAAAUUGCUGCUCCACUACUUUUUUCUUCGUGCUGGUGAAUGUCAAAAUUAACACACUACAGAAAGAUGUAUAAUUCUAUUUUUAAAGCAGAUGUGUAAGUAACCAGCUGGUCAUUUCUGUUGUGGGAUUUUAUACAAUAAAAACACCUUUGAAUUUUGUAAAAUACACAGGGAAGUGAAGAUAUUAAAGCACCAGCUUGGAAUACUCCACAGGUGAAAAGUUAUGUCUUCCUAUUCUUUCUAUGGUGUUCAGACUUUAGGUCUAUGACUUCCAAUCCCAGAUGGGAUAUAUCUUAAGAGUACAACCAAUGAACGUAAAGGAGAUCUGAUGAAGAUGUACACAAAUGAUGUUGGAAUAAUGAUGUUGGCAAAGCUACUUGGCAGGGCCAUGCCACAGUGGUUCAAUAUGUGCGAAUCACAAAAUCACUGAGUCACAGAAUCACAGGUUGGUUGAGAUUGGAGGGGCUCAUCUGGGCUAAUCCCCUUGUUCAAGUAGGGACAUCAAGAACACAUUGCUCAGGACAACGCUCAAACAGUGAAAAGCCAAUGAGAGCCAGCACUGUGCUUUCUUUCAAGCUCUUACUCUUUCAGGAGAAAGUUUGCACAAGCAACAAUCCCUGGGCUUAGUUGGAAUCCCAGUGCUGCAGUCCUUGAGCUUUUCCUUUGAUGUGAAAGCAAGCUGUGCUGUGUGCCCCGACAUGGGCAAUUUAGCCAUAUUCUGAGUUCAUGCUUUUCUUAUUGAGCACAGUAAGAUAACAUCUGCUUCUGAGGCACAGUCUUAGCUCGACUGCCAUGACUGGAAUUAGUUAAUAACCUGACGACAGAGCCAAACCCAUUUAAUUAACAGUUUUAACACUGCUUUUUUUUGGCUGUACCAAAAGGAAGUGCUUGUUAUUACUAAACAUCUGGGACCAAUUAGGCUUCCAUUGACUUCCAUGGGAGCAGAAAAGCUUUCUCGAGGAAUAGGCCCCAGGAGUAACGUGCAGCAUGGCUCAUUUGGAUUUCUCUGUUAGCAACAUAAGCAAGUGAGAAGUGACAUGAGCCUGUUCUUGCCAAUUUGGUUAUUUUAAAUGGGAUGAGGAGUGUGAGGGAAAGGAAAUGUGAAUAAAGGAGUUAGAAGAGGGAAAAUUGGGAGAAAUUGAAGAAUUCAAUGCUCUUAUUCCUCGAAAUAGGGGUACAGAUAUGUUAGCCCCAAAUCUUGAAGCUCAAACAUUAAAGUAUCUGUUCCUGCUCCAAAUCUAGCUAUUACUCUUACAUUACACAUU